UCUAUUAAAUACUAAAUCGAACAAAAUGUUUGAAAUAAUUUUUAUCAAAUAGAUACAAAAAUAUAAAAUACUUGCUAUAAAUUAAUAUCAAAACUUAUGUUUCUUUAAGUUAAUCUAUUAAUAUAGUUCUUCAAAAUAUAUUUUUUUGAUAAAUCUAUAUCAUUGCUAAUCAUAACCAACAAAAAAAAAACGUCCAGCGAAACAGAGAUUUUUCCAAACGAAAAUGGGUGAUGAUUAUUCGAACGUUAGCAUAGCUCCUUGCAAAUACGAAUAUUUAGACCACACGGCUGAUGUGCAAUUGCAUGCGUGGGGUGAUAGCCUCAAGGAAGCAUUCGAACAAUGUGGGAUGGCAAUGUUUGGAUACAUGACUGAACUAGAUUCUGUGGAAAUCGAGGAUGUUCAUGAAAUUGAAGCAACAGGGGAUGAUCUGGAGGGUCUGCUUUAUCAUUUCCUAGACGAGCUGCUUUUCCUGUUCAGCUGUGAGCCGAACAUCAUCUGCAAGAAGGUGGAAAUCGUGACUUUCGAUGUUGACGGCGCCGAGAUGAAAAUCAAGUGCAAAUGCUAUGGCGAAGAAUUUCUUAUAGGGAAACAUCCGCAAGGCACCGAGGUCAAAGCCAUUACGUAUUCCGCUAUGCAGAUCAUCGACGACGCCGACAAACACGAAGUUUAUGUUAUUAUAGAUAUAUGAUAAA